CGGAUAAGACAAGUGGGCGUGUCUGCUGGCUGAGAGGAGAGGACAUUCCGGCUGAUGGUGGCGCUAAUAACGGAGCACAUUUCUGACAUAUUCCAACUACGAGCAAGUCUUCUUCUUCUCCUCUCUCCUCCUGUGAAGAGCAAGUCUUCUUCUUCUCCUCUCUCCUCCUGUGAAGAGCAAGUCUUCUUCUUCUUCUCCUCUCUCCUCCUGUGAAGAGCAAGUGGUGCAGUGGACAGUGUGAGGUGUCACCAUGCCGCUGGUCAAGAGGAACAUCCACCCGCGUCACCUCUGCCGGGGAGAACUUCCUGAGGGCAUCGGCAGUGAGCUGGAGUGUGUGAUGAACAACACUCUGUCUGCCAUCAUCCGCCAGCUCAGCAGCCUCAGCAGACACGCAGAAGACAUAUUUGGCGAGCUGUUCAAGGAGGCCAACGCCUUCUACCUUCGUGCCAACUCUCUGCAGGACCGCAUCGACCGGCUGGCUGUCAAGGUGACGCAGCUGGACUCCACCGUGGAGGAAGUUUCCCUGCAGGACAUCAACAUGAGGAAGGCCUUCAAGAGCUCCACCACUCAGGACCAGCAGGUGGUGUCCAAGAGCAGCGUGCCCAACCCCGUGAAGGAGAUGUACAACCUGAGUGACAAGCCCCCGCCCCUCAGCAUCCUCUCGUCCUACAGGGACGACCACAAGGAGGCGCUGAAGUUCUACACCGACCCCUCCUACUUCUUUGACCUGUGGAAGCAGAAGAUGCUGCAGGACACGGAGGACAAGAGGAAGGAGAAGCGCAAGCAGAAGGAGCAGAGGCGCGGUGUGGACGGCACGCUGCAGAGGGAGGUGAAGAAGGUGCGCAAGGCCAGGAACCGCAGACAGGAGUGGAACAUGAUGGCUCUGGACAAGGAGCUGAGGCCGGACCACCGCCACACCAUCCACAGAGACCGGGGGGCCUCCUCUGAGGGCUCGCUGUCUCCAGAGAACAGGGUUGGAGACCACUACGCCAACGCCUUGAACCACGCCGGCCACGCCCACACCUACUCGGGCCCCCCGCCUAGCGUCCUGGCAGCACACAUGGGCCACGCCCCUGGCGCUGGAAGGGGAAGGGGCGUGGCUUACCAGGGGGCCACGCUGGGCCGCACCCACCACCAGGCGGCGCUGCCUCCUCCACCCGUGGAGGCCAUGAAUGGGGGCUCGGCGUCCCUCCCGCCCAUGGACUACAGCAUGGAGGGCUAUGCCAACACAGGACCACCGCCCCCGCCCCCCGCCCCACUCAUCCCCUCUGCCCAGACCGCCUUCGCCUCACCACCUGGAGGUCCUGUGUCUCCUGGGCCCAUGGUUGGCAGCGGGGCCUAUGCCCCCCUUGCACCACACCAGGCUGUGCCACCGCCUCCUGGUCCCCCGCCACCCCCCGUGCCAGCCGGUGCCCACAAGAUGGAGGGCAGCGUGCUCAAUGACGCCCGCAGUGACCUGCUGGCGGCCAUUCGUAUGGGCAUCCAGCUGAAGAAGGUGCAGGAGCAGCAGGAGCAGCAGGCCAAGAGGGAACCUGUGGGCAACGACGUGGCCACCAUCUUGUCUCGCCGCAUUGCUGUGGAAUACUCUGAUUCUGAGGAAGAGUCGGAGCUGGAGGACAACGAUUGGUCCGACUGACCAUUGGCCCGACUGACAGAGGACAACAAUUGGUCUGACUGACUUGUUGGUCCGACUGACGGUUGGUCCAACUCCUGGAGGACAAGAAUUGGUCCGACUGGCUGUCGACAAUGAUUGGUCCGAGUGACGGUCGGUCCGACUGACUGUUGGUCCGACUGACGGAGUACAACGAUUGGUCCGACUGACUGUCCGUCCGACUGACUGUUGGUCCGACUGACUGACUGUUGGUCCGACUGAAGGAGGACGAUUGGUCCAACUGACAGUUGGUCUGACUAAUGCAGGACAACGAUUGGUCUGACUGACUGUUGGUCUUACUGACGGAGGAAGAUUGGUCCAACUGACGGUUGAUCCGACUGACGGAGGACAACGAUUGGUCCGACUGACGGUCGGUCCGACUGACUGUCGGUUUCACUGACGGUUGGUCCAACUCCUUGGGGACAAUAAUUGGUCCGACUGACUGUUGGUCUAACUGACGGUUGGUCCGACUGAUGGAGGACAAUGAUUGGUCCGAUUGACAGUUGGUCCGACUGACGCAGGACAACGAUUGGUCCGACUGACUGUCGGUCUGACUGACUCUUGGUCUGAUUGACGGAGGACAAUUGGUCCGACUGACGAAGGACAACAAUUGGUCCAACUGACGGUCGAUCUGACUGACUGAUGAUCCGACUGACAGCGAACAACGAUUGGUCCGACUGACCGUGGACGAUUGGUCCAACUGACGGAGGAUAACGAUUGGUGCGACUGACGGAGGACAACAAUUAGUCCAACUGACAGUCGGUCUGACUGACUGUUGAUCCGACUGACAGCGAACAACGAUUGGUCCGACUGACCGUGGACGAUUGGUCCAACUGACGGAGGAUAACGAUUGGUGCGACUGACGGAGGACAACAAUUAGUCCAACUGACAGUCGGUCUGACUGACUGUUGAUCCGACUGACAGCGAACAACGAUUGGUCCGACUGACCGUGGACGAUUGGUCCAACUGACGGAGGAUAACGAUUGGUGCGACUGACGGAGGACAACAAUUGGUCCAACUGACGGUCGGUCUGACUGACUGUUGAUCCGACUGACAGCGAACAACGUUUGGUGCGACUGACAGUCGACAACGAUUUGUCUGACUGACUUGCUCUGACUGACGGCAAAAAACGAUUGGUCUGACUGACCGUUGGCGAUUGGUCUGACUGACAGUCGACAGCGAUCUGUCCGACUGACUGUUGGUCCGACUGACAGAGGACAACGAUUAGUCCGACUGACGAAGGACGAUUGGUCCGACUGACGGUUGGUUUGACUGACAGGACAACGAUCGGUCCGACUGACGGAGGCAAGAAGUGAUACUUGCUGUUUGUUUAUAGAAUAUAGUGUAAUUGUGAGCACUUCCUGCAAGAUUCACCUUAUGUAAUAACACACCUUUAAUACCACACCUGUAUUAUCACACCUGUCAUGUUGCCAGUGUUGGAACUUCCCUUUUAGCCAUGUGUGUAGGCUGACCUUUGACCCAGAGAGGAAUUAAACAGAUGGAGGAUGAA